GCUAACAAGAAGAACAAGACGAUGGGAUCGUGUUCGAUCUUUCGCAGCAAUGAAAGCAAAGCAGGCGUGUCAGUCUCGCCCGACUUCGCAAGCGUGGUAAAGCCUAGCCCGCGCUAUGCAAGGCAAACGUCAACGCCAUACGAGGCAAACGUCAAUUUGGGAGUCCCUACGGCAUAACCGAACAGCGUACGAAAUCCAGCCACGUCGUACCGAAACACCCGUCGGACGAUGUGCCCAUGGGCUCGGCCCACUACGUGUGGAAGGUUCUGCAGAUUCUUAGCCGUUACCAGACAGUGCUUGGUGGCCUCGGCCUCGAUAGGCACGGUACAUGACAUGCUUGGACUAUAGACAACGCAAGUCUACUGGACGAUCAAGUGAUUCGGCUUACGUCCCGCGUGGUAAGAAUGGUACGGAAGUCUGGGCAGGGCAUUGCAGAUCGGCUGCAAUUCCAUCUCCUUCACCAAGGUUCGUUCGUCUCUUUCUAACACCUAUACCUCUCUUAGCACUCGCAUCUCCCCAGUGGCUGGAUGCUCUUGGCAUCGAGAUCGCGUGGGCAUGUCAAUAAGUACCAGACGGAAUGCCACUUCUGCAUUAUUGCCAGAGGUGAUCUGGCGGCACGCACAAUGUCUCGU